AUGCUCAUUAUUGAUUCCCGGUCAAUCCUAACCUCCGAUGCUGCCUCUCUUCAGUCGCGCGAUUACAAUGUUUUAAUGUUCCUCUUCUUGUUCCCGAGUCACGCCGGCCCUGCUUUUGAUGUUGUACAGCUUCACUUUCAAAUGGCCCCAGUCUUCCCAUUUGAUGUUCCUGUAUUGCUACCCAGCACCGACACAACGUUCCUGACGUCGUUUGUCCAACACCGACAGCUUGGCCGAGAGCCUACUAUCUGCCUUGCAUCGGUCAAGUCUCCUCACUAUGAAACGUCGUCUUUUCGGGUUGCCGCUUCCGACGGGGCCCUCAACUUACUCGCACUCGGGCAAUGCAAUUUUACAGAAUCCGUGCCACUGUACUCAAGUAUUCAUCUGUCUAACAAUCACCUAUCACCGUCCGAGGCCAAUGUGCCCUCAUCUGCGGCUCUUCCCAUUGGGUUCUACUUGCCCCUGUCAAUCCUUACUCUCGUCAACACCAUCAAGUGCAGCCGCCGAUCCUGCCACACACUUCUCGGGCUCUUCUACCACCCCCAUUGGGCUGCCAUGCACCUCUUGACAUUCGUGCCCUCCAAGCUUCGAAACAGUGCUUCCACCCGUGGUCUCGGUCAUGGCAGAUCGCCUUCCCGCCGCCCGGUGCUCCCGUCAAUCUGGCUGCUCAGAAAGCGACACGACAGUAGCGCACUGUUGAACUCAAACCGCUCCUUGGCUUUGACCCAGGGUCCCGCCUUGAAGCAAUCCCUCACCCCUCUACUCCGUAAGCGAUGGAUAGACACUUUUGUCCCUUGGCACUUGUUCGUCGCGCUUUUAGACCAUGAUAUCCUUACUGAGACCCAUCACCUCAUGCUAUCAGUCGAGGUCGCCUGGCUUAUGUCAAAAUCAAGCCAUACCCAGCCUCUUUGCUUUACGGCGUUGGUUCGGUGUACGGAUACUGUGGAGACGGAAGCUUCCCGCACUGCCCUAGGAGUGAUAUUAUCGAGGUUCACCGAGAUUCUCACCAUGAAAGAUAAUUUUGAGGCUGCGACGACAAUUAUUCGCAUAUCAGGUGCUACAGAUUAA